CGGCAGUGAAACCAGGGUUGGGUUUAGUAGUCUACGCACCUAGUCUGCUAGAACUAACGACUAACAGACACUGGGCUCGCAAAACACUAUCAGUAUCACUCUCCUGUCCGGGUUUCCCCAUAAGAAUUCUUCCUACAGCCGUGCAGGUGCUGUACACUCAGUGACUCCAGGAUAGUAGUGGGACUUCCGCUCGCGCAUUCGCACCGCACACUGCCUUGUCGAGUCUAGCAAGUAGCAACACGUGUUGCAGCACCUCUGACCAAACUUAGCGCUAGCACUGAAGCAGUAAGACCAACGUGAGUAUCAAGGUCAUCAGCGGCCACUCCGAACCAAUCUUGAGAAAGCCCGGGCGGAGGAGCUCGUCGGCUGUGGUGUAGAUCGGACUGAGUAGAUCUACCCAGGCAAUCCAAGGGAAAGCCGCAAUCAUGUGGCGCCUGAAUGAAAUUGCGUGCUGCGCCUUCCUCUCAUUGAUGGUCGCCGCCUGUGGCUCUGUUCCUAGCCGAAGCCAGCGCAAAUCAUCAGCAGCCGGUAGAUUUAUCGUGGAGGAUGGAACAAUCGACGGCCACGGUGGUUCAAUUCCCACAAAACAGCUCGUAGAUACCGUCAGCCAACAAAGCGUUUGGGUCUUGCCCACACAAGGUGGUCGCGUCGAGGCUGUCCGCUUGAUGUCUCCCAACAGCCAUCGGGUUCGUGACGUGAUUCUGACGCAUAACGGCGAUCCCGCUGCGAUCAAGGAGAAUGCCUUGUUCAAAGGAGCCAUCCUACUUCCUUUCGCCAAUCGCAUUGCCAACGGAACGUACACGUUCAUGGGCCGAACGCAUCGUCUGCACAUAAACGAGCCGUCGCGGGGAAACGCGAUCCACGGCUUACUGUACAACAAGGAGCUAUCGGUGGUCUAUUCUGCUGGUGGUGACCAAUAUGCCAUCGUGACUUUGGAGUACAAGUUCGAUGGCACCGAUCCGGGCUAUCCAUUCCCACUUUCCGUCCUCUUGACAUACAUCUUGACGGAGAAUUCCUUUGUGCUGAACAUUCGUGCCACGAACGAGGACGAUGCGCGCCCGUUGCCGUUCUACAUGGGCUGGCACCCGUACAUCAAGGUCACCAAAACAGCCGAUGCAGUCGUGGAGUUUCAGCAAUGUUCAAACUACAGUCACGUCCUGACCGAUCCAGAAUCGUUAAUCCCGACCGGAGAAACUGAACCAACCAAGCUAUUCACCAAUGGGCAUACAAUCGGGGGAAGCACGUCAGCACCCACCUACAUCGACGACGGCUUUGCUAUACUGGCGGCAUUCGACAGCAAAAGCAAUUGCACUGCAACGACCACCACUAUCUAUGACACAGUGGCCAAGGAAGCCGUGUUCCUUUUCCAGGACAGAGAGUUCCGCUUCGUUCAGGCAUUCACUGGCUCGGCAUCAAUAAGCGGUGAGCAGGCGGUCGCAAUAGAACCAAUGUCAGCCGAGACGGACGCAUACAACAACUUCAUAGGAUUGACUAUUCUAAAUGCCAAGCAGAAGUGGAGUUCAUCGUUUGGAAUAACUCUUGGCAAUCCGGAGCAUGCCCUCCGCUACCCCGUUCCAUUCCCAUAAUCUCCAUUUAUCCUAGCUCAUCCACCUAGGGAUUAACCGUUGACAUACCGCUACAUGUGAACUCAUGUACCGUGGCAGGCAGGAGAUUAUGCAUUGCAGCCGGCUAUGAGUUUAAUAAUACAUACAGUCAAACCUCUUUAGAACGAUCAUCAAGGGACUGAUGGUGCAUGUAUUUGUUCACAAUAGCAGGAGUUCUUCUUAUCCACAAUUUAUACCCAGUGAGUACACAGUGAUUUAUCCAAUAGAGGUACGAAUACUACCGUAGUUCUUCUAAAGCGAAUGCUUGUCUUAACAGUGUUCUUCUUAAUUCACUGCAUACCCAUUUCAAGCUUUCACGGUUCUAAUGCAUCGUCCAGCCGUUAGCCGAAAUAGACCGGCACACUCUCCACGUAGUAACGUUAUUUCUGACUGUUACUUGCCAACCUUGUCGAUACCCACCCCGGCACCCCCACUCGUCGGGCCCUUGUUCAAUACUAUAAUGCUAAUGUUACUGAAACGCUGGAAUGAUCGUUGACACUGA